GAAAAAGAGAAAAAAGAAGAGUCUAGAGCAAGAAAGAGGGAGAAGAAGCAAUUAGGGCUAUACACUCGGAGGAGCCGGCACAGAAGUUGCAGCUCAAGCUAGAGUUUGAGGUGUUGAGCUCGUGUUGGAGGGUCGUGGCUGUCGAGAAUUGGCAUCUAUGUAGGCGGCGAGCGAAGGACGAGUAAUGAUAUGCGAACUGCGAUGGAAGCCUUGCGAACUGUGAUGGAAGCCUGCGAUUUGCGAUGAAACCUGCUAUUUGCGAUUGAAACCCUGUAAUUUACGUCAUUUAACCGAUCACUUGCUUAUGUGGCAAUCCAGUUGGCAUUUCUUUUUCUUUUUCUUUCCUUUUCUUUUUGCCUGCUUCUUUCAUACCUCCCAGCCUUCCCCCUCCCCCUCCGUUCUUCAGCCAGUAGCUCCGCUGCUUUCAAGGCGUCACUUGCUUUCAGGCGGUGGUGAACAAUUUGGAGGAUGCUCACGAGCAGAUCGAUACUGCCAUUUUUACGGCGUUGUAGGAGAGCAAACCUGUUUACAUAAGUGGAGCGGUAACCUAUCUGCAACUCCGCAUCCCACCUUCAGCCGUAAACCUGUUCCAUUUUCUCUAUCUAAUAGAUUCGAGCCCUCUUUACAGUGGCAAUGAAAUCAAAGAUAAAAUGGGCAGCGCUUGGUGGGCUGGUUCUAUCAUCUGUUUCAUUGCUGGUUCAUUUAUUUUUGGCCAAGUCUAGCGCUAAUCUUGUACAGUACACUGCCUUUGCUAUUUUCACUGAUGAUCUAACCCCUCAUCUUCCUAUUAAAAAAGAUGCUGCAUACCGGAGGUUGUGGGGAAAUGUUAAGUCCUUGGAACCACUGCAGCAUUUUGCAGAUCCAAGAAGUACAUAUCAAGGCUGUGACAUGUUGCUGAUUUGCUCAGAUCUGUGAUCUGGUCACCAUAGCUAGGCUUUUGAAUGCGACCCUCGUAAUCCCAGAGAUCCAAGAUAGUACUCAGUCAAAAGGCAUCAGUUCAAAAUUUAGUAGCUUUUCAUAUCUGUAUGAUGAGGAAAGGUUCAUAGCAAGCUUGAGAAAUGACGUGAUCAUCGUGAAGGAUCUACCACCAACCUUAAAGAAGGCAAAGAAAAGGAAAGGAUUCCCAACUUUUAAGCCUAGGAUGACUACUCCUCCUACCUUUUAUAUCUCUGAAGUUCUUCCGAAGUUGAGGAAAGCGAAGGCUGUUGGGUUAAUUUUGUCAGAUGGAGGAAGCUUGCAGUCCACUCUUCCACUUAGAUUCGCUGAGUACCAGAGGCUUCGAUGCCGUGUGGCAUUUCAUGCUCUUCAGUUCCGCACUGAAAUCCGAUCUCUUGGCUCGCUGAUGGUGGAAAGGCUGCGAGCUGCAGGCCAACCUUACAUUGCUUAUAAUCCUGGACUUAAGAAAGACAACCUAGCAUAUAAUGGCUGCGCUGAACUUUUUCAGGAUGUUCAUGCAGAGCUCAUACAAUAUAGGCGAGCUCAAUUGAUUAAAGAAGGUAUCCUUAAUGAAGAUCUAAGGGUGGAUUCUUAUGCUCAAAGAAGAAAUGGAUCAUGUCCGCUUAUGCCUGAAGAGGUGGGACUACUUCUUCGAGCUUUAGGCUACCCGCCAAGAACAAGAAUAUACAUGGCAGGUUCUGAGUCAUUUGGCGGCCAAAGGAUUUUAAUUCCAUUAAGAGCCAUGUACACGAACUUAGUGGACCGGACUUCAUUGUGCAGCAUAUCAGAGCUCGCAAGUUUAAUUGGACCAGAAACCUCACUUCCUCUGGAUCCCAUCCAACUCCUACCCGUGAAAAGUGAGAAGCAACUCAAAGAUGAAUGGGACAAGGGUGGGCCCCGACCAAGGCCCCUUCCUCCUCCUCCCAACCGACCUAUAUACCGCCAUGAAAAGGAAGGGUGGUACGGUUGGAUUGCUGAGAAGGAUUCAGAGCCGGAUCCCUCACCUCGGGAUUUAAGAGAACAAGCUCACCGCUUACUAUGGGAUGCCCUUGAUUACAUUGUUUCGGUUGAGGCAGAUGCAUUCUUUCCAGGUUUUGACAAUGAUGGUAGUGAAUGGCCUGAUUUUUCCAGCUUAAUAAUGGGGAAUCGGCUCUAUAACAAGGCAUCUUCUAGAACAUUCCGUCCUGACAGGAAAUAUCUUGCAGAGCUCUUCAACACAACCGUUGAACGUCUGUACUAUCCACCACGCAAUUGGACUCUCUCUGUAAGAGACCAUCUAAACAGAAGCACCACGGAAGAGGGCCUCAUAAAGAAGGGUUAUCUAUCUAAACCAAAACUCUUCCUUUCUCACCCUAUCCCAGAAUGUUCUUGCUCUACUGCAAAGUCUACUCAGAUUUUGAAUUCUGAGAAAGGCAAAAGUAUACUUCGUUUAUUAUACGAAGCACAAACAAGGUGCCCCUCGGAGAUAGAGGAAGCUGUAAAGGCUGAGGAGAGUGAUCCUGAUGAGGGUGACUCCCGGGAAGAUGAAACGGAGACGGAGGGACAGUUGGACUCUGAGGAUAGUGGAACUGAUGUUAUCCCAUCAUUGGAACAAGAUGAGGAAAUGGAUCCUGAUGAUUAAUUACUCUUUCUUUUUUGGUGGGGUUUGACGAAUUGCAGCAGUUUCAAGAUCUUCAUAGUUGAAAGGAGCCAGAUAAAGGAAAUAGCAUUUGGUUUAACUACAGGAAAUAUCAUACGGAGUAUAAGAGAUGUAUACUUUUUUCUUCAUGGUUUUGUUUCCUCAAAGCAAAAAAAGAAAAGAAAAAAGCAUCACGUGCAUCAAAACUCAUGUAAUUAAGAUAUGUUGAUUCAAGCAAUUUUUCCAUUAAUGUAACUACAUAACAUAAUUUAGUAAAAAUUUCAUCAAAUUUUUAGUACAUCAAAGUUUCGAGAAAAAUGGUCAAAUGAG